AUGAGGCUUGUAGCAGCAACCUGUUCAGAGCAUUAUUCUACUGGCACUGUGCUGUUUGAACCAUCUGAGGCUGGGUUACCUGCUGGGUUGCUGGCCUCCCCUGCACUGGUUCAAGUGACUCGGGGUACAGCCUAUAUACCUGUGGUGAAUGUGGGUGUUACUGAGGUUGUAUUCUACCCAAGGACAUCUUUAGGCACCUUGAACGGUGUUUUUGUCAUAAGUUUGCCUGAAGGCAUAAGUGAAGUGAGGUCAGCCACUGCUAUGGUAAGUGUUCAUACGACUCUGGUGAGUCCUACAGUACAGGAGCAGAUUGACUCUGUAGAUUUGUCGAUUUUGUCAGUGGAGGAACAAGCUCAGGUUCGGGCCCUACUCCAAAUUGUGUUCUCAGCUCAUGAGGGGGAUUUGGGUUGCACUAACCUUCUUUCGCAUGAUAUUCCACUUUUAGAUGAUACCCCUGUCAGGCAACGGUACAGGAGGGUCCCCCCUUCAGAGUACGAGGUGGUGAAGGCACAUAUUAACCAGCUACUGGAAUCACAGGUGAUUAGAGAGAGCUGUAGUCCAUACGCCUCCCCUAUUGUAUUGGUUAAAAAGAAGGACGGUAGUCUAUGGAUGUGUGUAGACUACCGUCAGUUAAAUUCUAAAACUAGGAAGGAUGCCUUCCCUUUACCUCGUAUUGAGGAAUCCCUUGAUGCCCUGACUGGGGCCCGCUGGUUCUCCACAAUGGACUUGGCCAGCGGGUAUAACCAGGUCCCUGUCACAGAGGCGGAUCGACUUAAAAGUGCUUUCUGUACUCCAUUUGGCUUGUUUGAGUGGAACCGGAUGCCGUUUGGUCUCUGCAAUGCUCCCAGCACCUUCCAGCGAUUGAUGGAACGGUUGUUUGGUGACCAGCAAUGCCAAUCUUUGUUGUUGUAUUUGGACGACAUUGUGGUGUUCUCUUCCUCUGUGUUCCAACAUUUAGAACGGCUGGAAGUGGUGCUGGAUCGAUUGGCGAUUGAGGGACUUAAAGCUAAGCUCCAGAAGUGUGCAUUUUUUCAGCGAGAGGUGAAGUAUUUAGGACAUGUUGUAUCAUCUCAAGGUGUCGCUACGGAUCCAAGCAAGGUGGAGGUAGUGGCCCAGUGGCAGACCCCAACUAGCGUUUCAGAAUUGCGCUCCUUUCUGGGCUUCGCCAGCUAUUAUCGGCGUUUUGUGGAGGGGUUUGCUAAAAUGGCAGCCCCUCUGCAUAAACUGGUUGCUGAGCUGGCCAGAGGCAAGUCUAAGAAAAGUAGGGGACCGAGUUUUAGUGGGUCCUGGACGGCACACUGUCAGAGUAGUUUUGAGGCACUAAAAGGUAAACUCACCUCUGCCCCUGUUCUUGCUUACGAUGACUUCUCCGUUCCCUUCAUUUUAGAGGUUGAUGCUAGCUAUAGUGGCUUAGGUGCCGUCCUUUCCCAAGAACAAGGGGGAAAGGUGCGGCCUAUUGCCUACGCUAGUCGUAGUCUUCGGCCCACUGAGCGCAAUAUGUUUUUGGCGCUCAAGUGGGCCAUGAUGGAGAAGUUUCGUGAGUAUUUGCUGGGGCACAGAUGUGUAGUUUUUACUGAUAAUAACCCCCUUAGUCAUCUUGCUUCAGCAAAGUUGGGGGCGACUGAACAACGUUGGGCUGCACAACUUGCUGCUUUUGAUUUUGAGUUAAAGUAUAGGUCAGGGAAAAGUAACCGAAAUGCAGAUGCUCUGUCGAGGCGGCAUCCACCUGAUUGCAGUGGGCUGGAGGGUUGGCUUCCAGGCACUGCAGUCCCCCAUGUUGUACAGCAAACAGGUGUAGAUGUGAUUCCUCAAGCUACUCAAGCAAUUAUUUCUGUUUUGCCUAGUCAUUCUACUACCGACUUGGUUUCUCUGCAGUGGGCAGACCCAGUUAUUAAGGGGGUUCUGAGUUUCUGGAAACAGAAAGUUUUUCCUAGUGUAGAAGAACGUAGACAGUUGUCUAAGUCCAGUCUGGUGUUGCUCCGGCAGUGGGAUCGUUUGGUGGAAAGAGCCGGUGUGUUAUACCGACGGGUGUUUCACCCUGAUGGGGGUGAGGAGCUUUAUCAGUUGAUUUUGCCCACCAUUUUGAAAGCGGAUGUUCUGACACAGCUCCAUCAAGAGCAUGGACAUCAGGGCAUCGAACGAACCACUGAGUUGUUAAGGCAACGAUGCUAUUGGCCGGGUAUGUCUGCAGAGGUGGCCCGUUGGUGCCAGGAAUGUGAAAGGUGUCAGUCUGCCAAGGAUGUGCAGCCCAUUGGCCAUAGCUUCAUGGGCCAUCUGCUAGCUUCGAGGCCAAAUGAGAUUUUGGCCAUUGAUUUCACUAUGCUUGAACCUUCUCGUUCAGGCAUUGAAAAUAUUUUAGUAAUGACUGACGUUUUUACUAAAUAUACCCUGGCUGUCCCUAUAAGGGACCAACGUGCUGCAACUGUGGCUCAGGUUUUGGUGGUGGAGUGGUUUUUUAAGUUUGGGGUUCCUCAUCGGAUUCAUUCAGACCAGGGCCGCAACUUUGAAUCCUCCCUUAUUCAGCAGCUCUGUCACCUUUAUAAAGUGGAGAAGUCUCGCACUACUCCCUACCAUCCAGCCGGUAAUGGCCAGUGCGAGCGCUUCAAUAGGACUCUGCAUAAUCUUCUCCGCACACUGCCUGUUUCAAGGAAGAGAGACUGGGCGUCCUGUCUUCCGCAGGUACUCUUUUGUUAUAACACCACCCCUCAUCAAGCGACUGGGGAGUCCCCGUAUUAUUUGAUGUUUGGGCAUGAACCGCGGCUCCCAGUUGACUUUUUGCUGGGGAGAGUUCAAGAGGAGGCGGCAGGUAGCGUCCAUGACUGGAUUGUGGAACAUCAGACUAGGCUCCAGGUGGCAUUUGAAGGUGUACGUGACCGUUUGAGGGCUGUUGCUGAACGACGUAAGGCACAUCAUGAUCGGAAUGUGCAGUGUACACCAUUAGAGGAGGGCCAGUUGGUUUACCUACGGGAGUGUGGCAUGCGAGGUCACCACAAAAUCCAGAAUUUGUGGGAUUCGGUGGUAUACCAAAUUGUGAAAGCACCAAAAGAUGGUGGUGCUGUAUACACAAUCGCGCCGAUGGACGAGCUGAGCAAGGUAAAGCAUGUUCACCGUUCCCUGUUGAAAGCCAGGAUUCAAAAAUGUCCUCCAGAUCAGAAUCCUAAUGAUAGCCCUUUGAGUGGAAGAGCUUUGCCCUCUGAAGAUGAGCUGGAUGAGGGUGACUUGUUGGCUUUAGUGCCCGAAGUCCCUCAAGCUUGCCUCUCCAUGCAACCUAGGUCGGAAUUAAGAGAUUCUGUUUUAAUGGUUGAAUCUGCACCACAGAGUGGGUUAGCACCCUCUGGGUCUGUGACAGGGGUGCCAGAGGCCUCAGGACACUUGUGCUCUGGAGAUGGGGGCUUGCCUCCUGUAUCCGUGGCUGUAUCUACAGACCUCCCUGUUCCUGAUUUGGCCGUACUGCGAAGGACAACAAGAACUACUGCUGGACAACACCCUAACAUUUAUCGUCUCCCACGAUCCGUGGGUGAAGCGACCAGUGAGGCCAUGUCCUCAUCUGAGGCUGCUUCAACUCAUGAGGGGGAUUUGGGUUGCACUAACCUUCUUUCGCAUGAUAUUCCACUUUUAGAUGAUACCCCUGUCAGGCAACGGUACAGGAGGGUCCCCCCUUCAGAGUACGAGGUGGUGAAGGCACAUAUUAACCAGCUACUGGAAUCACAGGUGAUUAGAGAGAGCUGUAGUCCAUACGCCUCCCCUAUUGUAUUGGUUAAAAAGAAGGACGGUAGUCUAUGGAUGUGUGUAGACUACCGUCAGUUAAAUUCUAAAACUAGGAAGGAUGCCUUCCCUUUACCUCGUAUUGAGGAAUCCCUUGAUGCCCUGACUGGGGCCCGCUGGUUCUCCACAAUGGACUUGGCCAGCGGGUAUAACCAGGUCCCUGUCACAGAGGCGGAUCGACUUAAAAGUGCUUUCUGUACUCCAUUUGGCUUGUUUGAGUGGAACCGGAUGCCGUUUGGUCUCUGCAAUGCUCCCAGCACCUUCCAGCGAUUGAUGGAACGGUUGUUUGGUGACCAGCAAUGCCAAUCUUUGUUGUUGUAUUUGGACGACAUUGUGGUGUUCUCUUCCUCUGUGUUCCAACAUUUAGAACGGCUGGAAGUGGUGCUGGAUCGAUUGGCGAUUGAGGGACUUAAAGCUAAGCUCCAGAAGUGUGCAUUUUUUCAGCGAGAGGUGAAGUAUUUAGGACAUGUUGUAUCAUCUCAAGGUGUCGCUACGGAUCCAAGCAAGGUGGAGGUAGUGGCCCAGUGGCAGACCCCAACUAGCGUUUCAGAAUUGCGCUCCUUUCUGGGCUUCGCCAGCUAUUAUCGGCGUUUUGUGGAGGGGUUUGCUAAAAUGGCAGCCCCUCUGCAUAAACUGGUUGCUGAGCUGGCCAGAGGCAAGUCUAAGAAAAGUAGGGGACCGAGUUUUAGUGGGUCCUGGACGGCACACUGUCAGAGUAGUUUUGAGGCACUAAAAGGUAAACUCACCUCUGCCCCUGUUCUUGCUUACGAUGACUUCUCCGUUCCCUUCAUUUUAGAGGUUGAUGCUAGCUAUAGUGGCUUAGGUGCCGUCCUUUCCCAAGAACAAGGGGGAAAGGUGCGGCCUAUUGCCUACGCUAGUCGUAGUCUUCGGCCCACUGAGCGCAAUAUGUUUUUGGCGCUCAAGUGGGCCAUGAUGGAGAAGUUUCGUGAGUAUUUGCUGGGGCACAGAUGUGUAGUUUUUACUGAUAAUAACCCCCUUAGUCAUCUUGCUUCAGCAAAGUUGGGGGCGACUGAACAACACCAGGGCCGCAACUUUGAAUCCUCCCUUAUUCAGCAGCUCUGUCACCUUUAUAAAGUGGAGAAGUCUCGCACUACUCCCUACCAUCCAGCCGGUAAUGGCCAGUGCGAGCGCUUCAAUAGGACUCUGCAUAAUCUUCUCCGCACACUGCCUGUUUCAAGGAAGAGAGACUGGGCGUCCUGUCUUCCGCAGGUACUCUUUUGUUAUAACACCACCCCUCAUCAAGCGACUGGGGAGUCCCCGUAUUAUUUGAUGUUUGGGCAUGAACCGCGGCUCCCAGUUGACUUUUUGCUGGGGAGAGUUCAAGAGGAGGCGGCAGGUAGCGUCCAUGACUGGAUUGUGGAACAUCAGACUAGGCUCCAGGUGGCAUUUGAAGGUGUACGUGACCGUUUGAGGGCUGUUGCUGAACGACGUAAGGCACAUCAUGAUCGGAAUGUGCAGUGUACACCAUUAGAGGAGGGCCAGUUGGUUUACCUACGGGAGUGUGGCAUGCGAGGUCACCACAAAAUCCAGAAUUUGUGGGAUUCGGUGGUAUACCAAAUUGUGAAAGCACCAAAAGAUGGUGGUGCUGUAUACACAAUCGCGCCGAUGGACGAGCUGAGCAAGGUAAAGCAUGUUCACCGUUCCCUGUUGAAAGCCAGGAUUCAAAAAUGUCCUCCAGAUCAGAAUCCUAAUGAUAGCCCUUUGAGUGGAAGAGCUUUGCCCUCUGAAGAUGAGCUGGAUGAGGGUGACUUAGUGGGUUAG